UUUUAUGUCUAAACAGUAGUGUUUGGUUUAAAACCAAAUGGAUAUUAAGAAGCAGCCCAAAAUUUCAAGGCCUUAAUAUCUGAAGAAAUCGUAUAUGUGAUAUGGUUAUGAAUAAAAAUAAUCUUAGAGCAAGGGCAAUCGAUAGAAAGUUAAGGAUUUUUUUCCUAUCCUUAUGACUGCAGCAAUGAGCUGUAUUAAGCAACUCUGAAAAAGUGAACAGCAGUUAAAACUGACAACUCGAUUAAUAAUAUUUCUAUUUCAGAAUAUUUAGUAACAUGUAUCUGUGCAAUCUUGCUCAUAGCUGUGUCACUGAGGGUCAGAUUCUGCUGUCCUUACUCAUGUAAAAUUAUUUAUUACAUUGAACAUAAUCGUACUGAUUCAAUGUGGAGAAUGAUGGUAAAACCUGACCAUAGUGACUAAGAGCAACAGUUGCUUCUUUCAGUCUUUGACAGCUGCAAGAGCAACUCUGUUUUUCCAAACCGUCCAUCCCAAAUUCCAACCUGUAACAGUAUGUACCUAUAUUUAGCUAGUGAGAUUAAGUUGCAGAGGCUUCAAGCAGGGCAAAAAGCACAUUGGUCUGCCUUUUUUACAGACAAACCUUUGGGCAGACAACAGCUAAAGCUUUCUACUCCCUCCCCUUUCCCAAGUGUUUGCGAAAUGGACUCCCAAAGGGAACUCUCUGAGGAGCUAAGACUUUACCAAUCCACUCUCCUUCAGGAUGGCCUCAAGGAACUCCUUGAAGAGAAAAAGUUUGUAGAUUGCUCUUUAAAAGCUGGUGACAGAAGCCUGCCUUGCCACAGAUUGAUUCUGUCGGCAUGUAGCCCUUAUUUUCGUGAGUAUUUCUUAUCUGAGCAAAAUGAAGAGAAAAAGAAGGAAGUAGUUCUAGAUAAUGUUGACCCCAACAUCCUGGAUAUGAUUGUCAAAUACCUUUAUUCAGCAAGUAUUGAUCUCAAUGAUUCUAACGUGCAAGAUAUUUUUGCUUUGGCCAGCCGCUUUCAGAUCCCUUCUGUAUUCACUGUGUGCGUCUCCUACCUUCAGAAGAGGCUGGCUGUUGGUAACUGUCUGGCCAUCCUUCGGUUAGGUGUUCUGCUUGAUUGCCCAAGACUUGCAUUUUCUGCCCGUGAUUUUGUUUCAGAUCAUUUUGUGCAGAUCUGCAAAGAAGAGGACUUCAUGCAGCUUGCCCCUCAUGAACUUAUCUCAGUUAUUUCACCUGACAGUUUAAACGUGGAGAAGGAAGAACUGGUAUUUGAAGCAGUAAUGAGAUGGGUCCGAACAGACAAGGAGAACAGAGUAAAGAGCCUGGGGGAAAUUUUUGACUGCAUACGUUUUCGUCUAAUGCCUGAAAAAUAUUUCAAAGAACAGGUUGAGAAAGAUGAUAUAAUUAAAAGCAACUCAGACCUUCAGAAAAAAGUUAAGAUUAUUAAGGAUGCUUUUGCUGGAAAACUGCCUGACUCUAGCAAAAGCACAGAAAAGUCAACCAAAGGGGAGGUGAAUGGUGAUGUAGGAGAUGAAGAUUUAUUGCCUGGCUACCUAAAUGACCUUCCCAGGCAUGGCAUGUUCGUCAAAGACCUGAUUCUUCUGGUUAAUGACACUGCUGCAGUAGCUUAUGAUCCUCUUGAAAAUGAAUGCUACCUAGCAGCCCUUGCAGAACAGAUUCCCAGAAAUCAUUCCAGUAUAGUCACCAAACAAAAUCAGGUCUAUAUUGUUGGAGGACUCUAUGUGGAAGAGGAGAACAAGGAUCAGCCUUUCCAGUCAUACUUCUUCCAGCUGGAUAGCAUUGCUGGUGAGUGGGUUGCUCUUCCUCCACUGCCGUCAGCCAGGUGUCUCUUCGGGCUGGGAGAGUCAGACAACAAGAUCUAUGUAAUAGCAGGCAAGGACCUUCGCACUGAGGAGUCGCUAGAUUCAGUAUUGUGCUAUGACCCUGUGGCAAUGAAAUGGGGUGAGAUCAAAAAACUGCCCAUCAAAGUAUAUGGCCAUGCAACUAUCUCAAACAAUGGAUUGAUAUAUUGUCUUGGUGGGAAAACUGAUGAUAAGAAAUGCACUAAUAGAUUAUUUGUGUACAAUCCCAAGAAAGGAGACUGGAGAGAUCUGGCUCCAAUGAAAGUGCCUCGUUCGAUGUUUGGAACAGCCAUCCAUAAGGGCAAGAUUGUCAUUGCAGGUGGUGUCACUGAGGAAGGCCUUACUGCAUCUGUUGAAGCUUUUGAUCUGACCACCAAUAAAUGGGAGAUAAUGCCUGAAUUUCCCCAAGAGAGAAGUUCCAUUAGUUUAGUCACUUUAAGCGGAGCUUUGUAUGCUAUUGGAGGCUUUGCAAUGAUUCAGCUUGAAUCUAAAGAAUUUGCACCUAGUGAAGUCACUGACAUAUGGAAAUACGAUGAUGAGAAGAAAGAAUGGGUUGGCAUACUGAAAGAGAUCCGAUAUGCUACUGGAGCCUCCUGCCUGGCCACACGCUUAAACCUCUUCAAGUUAUCAAAACUGUAAACAAAAUGCUGGAAGAUAUGAUAUGGUGAGGGAGUUUUGAUAGGCUCUUCUGGUUUUGUUGCAUGAAAAUGUCCCCAAAUUGUACAGUUUUAUAGCAUCAUACUAGUCAUACUGGGAACCGUUAAAUAGUUAAUUUGUCUGUCCACUUCUUAAGAUAUUUUCUAGCUAACCAGCAACCACUGAAGCCAGUGUUUAAAUUUCUAAAGGGUUAUAAUUAAUGUUGAUUAGAUUAAGAUUUUGGCAAGAAUUCAAUUUUCCACUCUGUGAAAUUGCAAACAACACUAGUUAGCUUUCCUUGCACCCCAUACAAUCCAGGUAUUGGUGGCUAGUCCUCUAAACAAUGUGCAUGAAUUAAUUAAGUUAAAUACAACUAAUAGAUAGCUCAUUCUAUUCUAACUGGCAGCUUGUAUGGCCAGGUUUCCCCUUUUAGUAAUGUAUGUAAAUCCUUCACUCUUCAGCAAUAUCUUGGAAAUAUUCUCAUCACAGACCUCAAAAAAUAAUUUAGCUUGGAAUUUAAAUGAACGUUUUAAACAAAAGUGGCUUAAUAAUACAUGGCCUACUAAAUGCCAGUCUCAGCCAAAGCUAUACUAAUAAACAGAGGAGAGGGUAGAGAGAGAAAUUAAUCAAGUUAGUAGCUCUACUAUUUUACCUACUAUGUUUAGACUUCUGAUAACAAGGAUUUUCCACUUUUUUAAUGCUUUUAUAUUUAUUUCCAAAGCAAAUAUUUUAUGGAAGUUUUUCCUAGAGAUCUGAGGCCGAUAACAAGCAGUCAUGAAAAAGUCCUAAAAGAACUAUCUUUAGCAAAUAUCUGUGACAGAGAGGACUUUUUCAUUUACUAUAGAGUUGAUGCAUUUUGACAUUGAAACUUGUAACAAUUAAACUUUGUUUUUAAAACUA